GCGGGCUCCGGCAGGGAAGACGGAGUACCACUUUCACCCAGCCAGUCCCCGCCGCCCCCGGGGACCCAGAAGUUCUGCUGGUGCGGCGGAGCCCGACUGGGAAGUGGGGCGAACCGAGGUGGGAGUCGGAUCCGCGGGCCCCGGGGGCAGCCAGGCCCGGCGAGGCCUCCUUCGCCGAGAAGCGCACACGUCCGCGGCCGCGUCUCCCCGCCGGCCUGAAUGGAUCGCUCCGCCUCGUCCCUCCCCAGCUCCCGGGGCGCAAUGGAAUAUUCCAUCGCCCCUCCGGGGCCGGCCGCGUUGCUGGUGACGCUCGCACCGUUGCCAGGGAAAGCCCCGGACGUGACGGCUCCGCGCGACCCCGAGCGUCCCUCCCCUCCCCGCCGCUCCCCUACGCGCUCUCCUCUCGCCCCUUUCCUCCCGGCGGGUUCCAGACCCGGGAGAAGUAAACAGCGGGCGGGGCGGGGCCUACAGACGCGGGCCAGGCGGGAGCAUGCUGCAGCUCUGGGGGCACAGGCUCCCCUCGGCGUGGGUCCUGCUCCUGUGGUCGCUGCUCCUCCUCCUUCUGCUGCUGCUGCCGCCGCCCGUCGCCCCCACCCCCCACGGCGCUUCCUACAAGCCGGUCAUCGUGGUGCACGGGCUCUUCGACAGCUCGUACAGCUUCCGCCACCUGCUGGAAUACAUCAACGAGAGAGAGCUUGCGGCCCCUGUGGGAACAGGUGCAAGGGUUCCGGGAGGCCGUGGUCCCCAUCAUGGAAAAGGCCCCUCGAGGGGUGCAUCUCAUCUGCUACUCCCAGGAUGGGACAGUAUGGAGACACUGACUACUUGAAGUGGCUGUUCCCUACCUCCAUGAGGUCUAACCUCUACCGGAUCUGCUACAGCCCCUGGGGCCAGGAGUUCUCCAUCUGCAACUACUGGCAUGACCCCCACCAUGACGACUUGUACCUCAAUGCCAGCAGCUUCCUGGCCCUGAUCAAUGGGGAGAGAGAUCAUCCCAAUGCCACUGCGUGGCGGAAGAACUUCCUCCGUGUGGGCCGCCUGGUGCUGAUUGGGGGCCCGGAUGAUGGCGUUAUUACUCCUUGGCAGUCCAGCUUCUUUGGUUUCUAUGACGCCAAUGAGACCGUGUUGGAGAUGGAGGAGCAACGGGUGUACCUGCGAGAUUCUUUCGGGUUGAAGACUCUGCUGGCCCGGGGAGCCAUAGAGCGGUGCCGGAUGGCUGGGAUUGCCCACACAGCCUGGCACUCCAACCGCACCCUGUACGAGACCUGCAUUGAGCCCUGGCUGUCCUGAGGACCCCGUGGCUGUCAGGAAGUCCCAGCCCAGAGGUCGCGCUGACCCCUCUUUGCCCACACUGCCCCCACCAGCCGGGGCUCCCAGAACUCCCUCUGCUCCUCUGAUGAGUUCCUGGCACGCCUGCCUCAUGUCGACUGUUGGGGGGCGGCUCCCUGCGCCCCCUUUCUCCCAAGGCUGAGGUUAGGAAGUGAGGGCCAGGUUUUAACUGGCGGCUGCUCUGCUGCUGCUGCUGCUCCGCAUCUGGCUGUACAGGAGGAGAGCCCACCUCUGCCCUGCACCAGGGGGGUCUCCUCCGGGCCACUCAGGACAUUUUAGCUUCUGUUCUCCCCAUGUUCAGCCCUUGCGACCUCUAGAGCGGCACCCACGAGUGUGGGGUUCUGAGGCUCCCCUAUGGGGACAGUUCUGUUCAGUGUUAGUGUUGGGGAAUAUCUGUGGCCUGUGAGGCCCAUCUCAGGUUUGGGGAUCCCCCAGUCCCUAUGGUCAGUGUUGGGGUUCCCCCUGGGAGCCUAGUUUGAGGCCCCAGCCCCUUUUAACCCUUGAAUGGGUGUUCUCCGUAUUUAUGGAAAUAAAGCUCCAUUUCCUCA